GAGCGUAUUAAAGUUAAAAAAAAAAAAAACGAAAACAAAUCGGAAAAAGACGGAAGUGAGUGCUUUGUGCUGCCGCCGGUGAUGUGCUGAAAACGCCUCGCCAAACUAGCCCAAUUUCCCAAGCGAGAUACCGAUUUUGCAAUCAAAGUAACGCCACGGAGUGCAGCAAAAAAAGAAAAAAACCACAAUAGCAACAGCAAACAUGGCACUGAAGAAAGUGAAGGGUAACUUUUUCGAGCGUAUGUUUGAUAAAAACCUCACCGAUUUGGUGCGCGGCAUUAGGAACAACAAGGAUAAUGAGGCCAAAUACAUAUCGACGUGCAUCGAGGAGAUCAAACAGGAGCUGCGGCAGGACAAUAUCAGUGUCAAGUGCAAUGCAGUGGCCAAGUUGACCUACAUACAAAUGCUGGGCUACGACAUCUCCUGGGCGGGCUUCAACAUCAUCGAGGUGAUGAGCUCAUCCAGAUUCACCUGCAAGCGAAUUGGCUACCUGGCGGCCAGCCAAUGUUUCCAUCCAGAUAGUGAGCUGCUCAUGCUGACCACCAAUAUGAUACGCAAGGAUCUCAACUCACAGAACCAAUACGACGCGGGUGUGGCGCUCAGCGGACUAAGCUGCUUCAUAUCCCCCGAUCUGUCCCGCGAUUUGGCCAACGAUAUUAUGACACUGAUGAGCUCAACAAAGCCGUAUCUGCGCAUGAAAGCCGUCCUUAUGAUGUAUAAAGUAUUCCUACGCUAUCCCGAAGCAUUGAGACCUGCAUUUCCCAAACUCAAAGAGAAACUGGAGGAUCCUGAUCCAGGUGUUCAAUCAGCUGCCGUGAACGUUAUUUGUGAAUUAGCACGUAAGAAUCCAAAAAACUACCUGCCCCUGGCGCCGAUCUUCUUCAAGCUGAUGACCACAUCGACCAACAACUGGAUGCUGAUCAAGAUCAUCAAGCUGUUUGGCGCUUUAACCCCCUUAGAACCCCGGCUAGGAAAGAAAUUAAUAGAACCACUCACAAAUCUAAUUCAUAGCACCUCGGCGAUGAGUCUCCUGUACGAGUGCAUCAACACGGUGAUCGCGGUGCUCAUCAGCAUCAGCAGCGGCAUGCCCAACCACAGUGCCUCCAUCCAGCUCUGCGUGCAGAAGCUGCGCAUCCUCAUCGAGGAUUCGGACCAGAACUUGAAAUAUCUCGGACUGUUGGCCAUGUCGAAAAUCCUGAAGACGCACCCGAAGAGUGUGCAGGCGCACAAGGAUCUCAUACUCGCCUGCCUGGACGACAAGGACGAAUCGAUACGACUGCGCGCCCUGGACCUGCUGUACGGCAUGGUCUCGAAGAAGAACCUAAUGGAGAUUGUCAAGCGAUUGCUGGGCCACAUGGAGCGGGCAGAGGGUUCCGCCUACCGAGACGAAUUGCUCUACAAGGUGAUCGAGAUAUGCGCCCAGAGUUCCUAUCUCUAUGUGACCAACUUCGAGUGGUAUCUCACCGUGCUCGUGGAGCUCAUCCAACUGGAGGCUGGCUCACGGCACGGCCGCCUCAUUGCAGAGCAACUCCUUGACGUGGCCAUUCGAGUGCCUGUGGUCCGGCAAUUCGCCGUCAACGAGAUGACCAAUCUGCUGGACACGUUCACCGUUUCGGCGCAAAGCAAUUCCAUGUACGAGGUGCUCUACGCCGCCGCCUGGAUCGUUGGCGAGUUCGCUGGCGAGCUGGAGGAUGCGGAGAAGACGCUCAACAUCCUGCUGCGCCCGAGGCUACUGCCCGGCCACAUCCAGGGUGUCUACGUGCAGAACGUGAUCAAGCUAUUCGCCCGCCUGGCCACCACGUGCUUAGAGCUUCAGGAUCUGCCUGGUUUGGUGACACUCUGCGACCAUGUGCUGGAUAAGCUACAGCACUUCAAUGGUUCCAGCGACAUUGAGGUGCAGGAGCGUGCCAAUUCCGCUUGCAUGCUGAUCGAGAUGCUGCGCAACCAGCUGUCCACUUCGACCGAUGCCAUGGCCAUGGACACGACGACGGAGGGCGGCAUACCGCCGCUGGCCAUUGAGAUUGUCCAGGAGAUGACGCUGCUGUUCACAGGCGAGCUGAUUCCGGUGGCGCCCAAGGCGCAGCGUAAGGUGCCCCUGCCGGAUGGGCUGGAUCUGGACGAGUGGAUCAAUGCUCCGCCUCCGGAAGAUGCGGCGAGCAGUUCGUCCUCGGAACACGACAAGGACGAGCUAUUCGUUAGUGCCGCCCAGGCAGGAUCGGCAGCUGAUGGUGGCGGCGGAAAGCGGCGGCAGAGUUUGGAGCUCACGCCCGAGCAACUGGAGCGGCAGCGAAUGGCUCGGCUCAUUGAGCAGUCGAACAAUCCUCAUUACCUCAAGUCCACGCCCACGGCGAGUGGUGCCUCGAAUGCGGAUCAGUAUGACAAUAUUGAUGACAUACCCAUUACGGAGCUGCCGCUGGACAUGGAGGGCGUGGCCGCUCUGCGCGUGGGCAUCACCAAGCGAUCGGAUAAGUACCUCCAGGAACAGCAGGCGGCACAGGGCGGCAAGGAUGGCAAGAAGAAGCAUAAAAAGGGCAAAAAGAGCAAAAAAGCCAAGAAUAAAGUGGCGUACAACAGCAGCUCCGAAUCGGAAGGAGAGCCGAAACCCUUGCACAUUGUGAACACCACGCUGGACAUGCCCGAAGGUGUCUCCAUGUCGGACAGCGAGGACAAGGAUGGCAAAUACGAUCCAAAUGAUCCGCAUCGAGCCCUGGACAUUGAAUUGGACAUCACGGACUUCGAAGCGCCUGCGGUGAGGUCCUCGUCCAAAAAGUCAGCGGCGGGCAAAGAGAAUCUCAAAACGCCGGCGGAGUCGGCAGGCAGUGGUAACACCGCCAAGAAGGAUAGGAAAAAGGAUAAGGAUAAGGACAAGGAGCGGAAGGCGAAGCGGGAGCACCGGGAUAGCAAGCGGGAACGCAAGGAGGCUGCUGUUCAGCCGGUGAUCGAUCUCAUCGAUGCUGACACGCCCACUCCCAGUCCCAGCCACAUCUCCGCCCCCAGCAACAAUAGCAACGACAACAACAACAUUUCAACCAUCCUUCCAGAUGCCCCCAAGCAUCACAAAAAGAAGAAGAACAAGGAGAAGUCGACGGAUGGUGCGCCUGAUGCCCUGGCCACCGCCACCGCCACCGCCAUCGGGAGCAACAUCAUUGAUAUGGGCGCGGAGGUGGCGUCCAAGGCGCACAAGAAGAAGCAUAAAAAGGAGAAGUCGCAGCGCAAGGAGAAGAAGGCUUCCGAAUCUGCAUCAGCAUCCGUAUCCGCCAUCGUUUCGAUCGGCGAAUACGAACAGCCACUGGGAAUCUCAACGCCCAGCAAAGAGAUUUUGUAAUUGCUAAGCUCCAAGUUCCACUAUUAUAAUUAAUCAUUAUUACGAUUGUUUUUUGUGUCGAUUCAUUACGCGUUUACUCGAAAAACAGGAGAGGCGAAGCUAGCUUCACACUCUCCAUUUUCGUUAAGUUGAAACAAUUGCCUCCUAAAAAAGAAAAAAGAAGAAAAACUAAACAAAUUAUCGCUGCGAUAUAAAAACAAAACCAACAUUGAACAAAUUGAUAUGCUAAAAAAUAAAUCAACAUAAACCGUAUAAAUAUAUAUAUAUAUAAAUAAUUAUUAAUAUAUAGAAGUGUAAUUUUAAAAUGUAAAAUGCCGCCAGUCUGCCAAUUGCGGCUUAAAACAUGAAGAAAGCUACAAACGGUAAAGAAAUAUGCAAAAAUGAUCAACUGCAAAUCGGAAUCCAAUGCAAUGCAGUUCGAUUCCAGGAUAUACUAUCUAUUUUUGAUGAAUUUGUAGCCUAGAACAUGCGAUUCCACUAAAAACACACCCACAAACACAGACAAUUAUAUAGCUAUAGUUAUAUAAAAUGGAAUUUUAUAAUGAAUCCCACACAGAGAAUAGAACAAACUGCAUGGAUUGUAAAAACAAAUGAUAUAUGUAUACAUGUGAAACCAUAUGAAUCAAAUAUAAAGUACUGCUAUACACUAAAUAAUUACUAAAAAAAAAAACUGAUACAGAAACGGAACAGAAGCUAAGUGAAAUUAUACAUACAUGCAUAUUAUAUACAAACACCCACACAAACCCACAUACAAGUAUAUAAACGUUAAAUAAAUGAAAAGUACAAUGCA